AUCUCCGGUCCACGAGCGCGCCGCCUCACGGUUGGCGCAUGCGCGCCCGGGAGCCCGCCCUGGGUGUCGGCGCACGUGGGACCCGCGGGUCGGCGCGCGUGCGCGCUCCCGCCUUGCCCUCCCACGCGGUCCACCGCUCCUACUGCCCCACCCUAUGCUCUGGGACCGCGGGAGCGGCCAACCGAGCCGGGUUGCGUGCGUGCGCGCACGCGCGGGCCACGUGGGCGGGCGCCGCGCCGUUGCCCCCGCCCCUUGUCAGCCCCGCCCCGCGCCGGCCCCGCCCCUGCCCGCGCGCCGGCGUCGGCUGCGUCUCCGGCGUUUGAAUUGCGCUUCCGCCAUCUUUCCAGCCUCAGUCGGACGGGCGCGGAGACGCUUCUGGAAGCUUGUGUUGGUUGGUGAUGGUGGUACCGGAAAAACGACCUUUGUGAAACGUCAUUUGACUGGUGAAUUUGAGAAGAAGUAUGUAGCCACCUUGGGUGUUGAGGUUCAUCCCCUAGUGUUCCACACUAACAGAGGACCCAUUAAGUUCAAUGUGUGGGACACGGCCGGCCAGGAGAAAUUCGGUGGACUGAGAGAUGGCUAUUAUAUCCAAGCCCAGUGUGCCAUCAUAAUGUUUGAUGUAACAUCCAGAGUUACUUACAAGAAUGUGCCUAACUGGCAUAGAGAUCUGGUGCGAGUGUGUGAGAACAUCCCCAUUGUGUUGUGUGGCAACAAAGUGGACAUUAAGGACAGGAAAGUGAAGGCAAAAUCCAUUGUCUUCCACCGAAAGAAGAAUCUUCAGUACUACGACAUUUCUGCCAAAAGUAACUACAACUUUGAAAAGCCCUUCCUCUGGCUUGCUAGGAAGCUCAUUGGAGACCCUAAUUUGGAAUUUGUUGCCAUGCCUGCUCUUGCCCCGCCAGAGGUUGUCAUGGACCCAGCUUUGGCAGCGCAGUAUGAGCACGACUUAGAGGUUGCUCAAACAACUGCUCUCCCGGAUGAGGAUGAUGACCUGUGAGAAUGAAGCAGGAGCCCAGCGUCAGAAGUCUAGUUUUAUAGGCAGCUGUCCUGUGAUGUCAGCGGUGCAGCGUGUGUGCCACCUCAUUAUUAUCUAGCUAAGCGGAACAUGUGCUUCAUCUGUGGGAUGCUGAAGGAGAUGAGUGGGCUUCGGAGUGAAUGUGGCAGUUUAAAAUAUACCUUCAUUGUUUGGACCUGCAUAUUUAGCUGUUUGGAACGCAGUUGAUUCCUUGAGUUUCAGAUAUGAGACUGCUGCAGUCACAUCACAAUAUUCAGUGGUGAAAUCUUGUUUGUUACUGUCAUUCCCAUUCCUUUUCGUUUAGAAUCAGAAUAAAGUUGUAUUUCAAAUAUCUAACCAAGUGAACUCAUCCCUUGUUUAAAAGUAGCAUUUUGAAACCACUAAAAUAGAGAAAUUUAUGCCAUGUUAAUGUUUGGAUUGCCUUGCUGUCACUUAAUUUGAAAUCUAUUAGGUUAAUUUCUCCCUAUGUCUACUUUUUAUUUUUGUACAUUUGAGCUGUGUCUUAACAAAUUCAGCAUGACAGGUCAACAGACUAUUUGGUUAGAAGAGUUAAAUGGUGUAAAUAUUAGUGCAGUUAAACUAAAGCAAUGUCUGUUCCACCUUCAUUUUGGCUAGGUAGGGUCAUCUUGGGAAGAACCUGCUCAAGAUUUGUGACCUGUCAACAAAAAUGUGGUUUGUACAUACCAAAUAGAUAUUUUAAGAGUAAUACUUGGUUUUGUUUUAUGGCAAAAGUAAUGUUUUGAUAACUUCAAACAGGAUGGAAUGUCUGGAUGGCGGGAGCUUGGGAAUUCUUGGUGUUAAAAAAUCUAAAUUUUGCACUUUUCUGUUUGAAUGUCAGAUGCUUAGUGUAAAGUUGAUACUCAAGGAAAAUGGUCCAUGUUUACCCAGUUUUCAGGUACUCCCGGACUUUCAAGAUGUCUUAACAUUAAGUUUUUAAGCAGUACACACUAUACUGUUUGGGUUUUUUUUUUUUUUUGCCCUGAGGAUUUGUAGGGCAGCGCAGCGUAGCAGGACAUGGAUGAAAUACUAGGAACGUGGUGCAGUGGCGCAGUGGCGGGGCGGGUGGGGGGGCUUCUCAGUAACAGAGAACAGCUUGUGAAACUUUUUUAUCAGACUAAACAUUUAAUUUAUCUUGUAUAUUUUCCACAUUUAAAAAUGAAUUAGGUCUUUAUCCUAAUUAGGAGUUCGAUCCCAUCAACGCUAUUCUUGUAGCAGUUAGGAAUCUUAAAAAUAGGAGCUAUUUUUUCCUCAUACAGUUAACUACUAAUAGUCCAGUUUACCAAAGUUUUCUUUAGAUGUCUGAUUAUCUGGAGAUGAUUGCUUUCCUACCUUAAAAGGUGUAGAAAGGAUCACUUAAAUAUGUGGAAAAAUGAAAAAGGUGAAGCUGAAUAAAGUUCUAUUUAACUGUAUUAACUGGCAACAGUCCUCGAGUGUCUUAAGAUCUGAAUUGCUGUGUGACACUGUAUUCAGAACCAGCUUCUAACCAGCCUGUGUGAGAUGGGAAGUUUUUUCCCGUGAUUGGGAUGAAACCUUUCAUUCAGAUAUUUUGAACUUAAGGUAUAUGUGUUGUUUGUAACCUUGUGUAGAAUGCAAGUGGUGUUGACAUUCUGGAUCUUCUAUGUAACAGUUGAAAUUUGGAAGUGAUGUUACUUACCUGUCUAACAUGGUGUGGGAGAGAUUUACAAGUCAUUUAUUGGAAGAAUAAUUGUUGCAAAAUAUAUUGCUUCUACUUUGCCUGGA